UGGAGAUUUUCUAAGAGUUUUGGCUUACAUUUACAUAUAUUUGAAGUUUCCUCAGUAUAGCAGGGAUGCUGAAUAUGGUGCAGUGUCUCUGUGGUUUACGUGUUUGUGAAAGGUGUCAUAAAUUAGUUUGUGUUAAAAUUAGAGUCUUUUUCUUUGUACUUUGCAAAUUUCUGAAAUAAGUGGUAUUUGCCAUUAUAGUUGUUAGAACCCAGUAUGUACUUGAAAAUUAAAUUGUUCUCUAUAACACUAAACGGAUCUUGCUAUAAUUUAGAAGUAGUAACUAGCAUUGCCCCCUAGUCCAGUUUAAGUUCAGAAUUGUAGAAGGAUGAUUAGGGUUGGAAUCUUGUAUCUUUGUAAAGGCAAGGAUCCUGGUGACUGAGCUUCUAAAUAUUUGCUGUUCUCUACUAACUAACUUCUAUUAAGUUAGUGGCCCGCUGAGUCCAGUGACCAUAUUAGUAUAUACAGUAAUGGCACAUGAAACCUCUUUCCCUCAAGUGAUUUGCCGAGACAUGGAGUCAGAAUAGGUUAUUUUGACAUUAUUCUGCCUUUUUAUUAAUAUGAUGGCAUAAUGAUAUCUUUUUAGGAGCAGGAAGAUAAAACCCUCUUGUGUUCUAAAUAAUCUCUGUAUUUUCCCCCUUUCAUGCAUUUUGAAUAAUCUUCAUGCCGCAAAGCACUUUAUUUUUUUUUAAAGAUUUUAUUUAUUUAUUUGAGAGAGAGAAAGAGAGAGAGAGCACAUGAGAGGGGGGAGAGUCAGAGGGAGAAGCAGACUCCCUGCUGAGCAGGGAGCCCGAUGUGGGACGCGGUCCCGGGACUCCAGGAUCAUGACCUGAGCCGAAGGCAGUCGCUUAACCAACUGAGCCACCCAGAUGCCCCGAAAACAUAACGAUUUUUAAUAUGAAUGGACAUCAUCAGCUAUCAAAACUUGUAUUCCCAUUUGUCAGCAGCACUUAAUUUGGAAUAACAUGGAACUUGAAGAUGAUUAUUGCUUGAAUGAUUACAACAUAUCAGAAGGUUGUACCUUGAAGUUGGUAUUGGCUAUGCGUGGUGGACCUAUAAAUGCUAGAAGAGUUCCUAUGGAAGAUCCACUUAGGGAGAUGGCUGAGUACAUGGAUUCCAGUCGAGAUGAGGUCUGGGAGAAGACCUCCUGCAACAAACAAGUUACAUUUUUGGUAUACCGAGAAGGAGAUCAGUUGAAUUUCUUUCGUGUAGUAGAUAGGGGAGAUGGCACUUUAACACCAUUAUCUGAAUCUUUAAGUGGUGGGUCUGUGUAUAAUUUGUAUACGGAUGAAGAUGAAGAAAUUGAGCCUUCUCCUUCUGGGCAACAGAUAAUUGAAAAUUCAAUAACUAUGAAUAAGAUGAAGCUGCUGAAGGCUAAGAUGGAGAACAUGAAUCUCAGCAAAAAGCCUAAGAAAGCUGUCAAGGUAAAACCUCGUCCACCUACAGCUCCUCGACCUUCUAGUAGUUCUACGGCAGCUGCUCGCCACAGAUUGUUAAGGGUUCUCCCCCACAUUGGGCAGUCAUGUUUACCUUCUCCUGAUAAUGCAUAUCUACCUGAAACUUCCAGCAAUGCAGUUUCAAGUUUGGCAACUCUGCCCCCUGCUGAUAGACCCGUGUCAUCUAUCACUAGCGAUUUUCUUAAGGAAGAUUAUAACUGGGAGAGUAACACACUGUCUCAUUCCAAUAGUAGCAUCAAACUACCACCUCAGAUACCCCAUAUGGAGUUGGAAAAUGACAAAGAGCUUGCUGAUUCUGUUCUCCAUCUUGGAUCAUCCCUGCCUAGGCGGACAAAACACUUUUCAGGAAAUUUGUCAUCUAAUAAUGAAGAUGACACUGUUUUAUUUUCAACUUCGGAAGAAUGUGUAACUGAAGAGUCACUUCUACCUGAAGUGGGUUCAUUUGCUACAUUUACAGAAGGAAACACUGAUGAACAGAGCAGUGGCUUAGAAGUCACACCGAAGGUAAAUUCAGAGUUCUUACUCACUAAUGAUGACAAAGGGUUGAAAGCUGCAGAGCAGCAUCUUAAACAUGUUGCAAGAAUGUUGAAUGGUGAAUCGGUAGAAACUACAGUUCUCAACCACCGUGAAUUAAGUCCUCACAAGAAUAGACUCCUGUCACCUCUUCGCUGUUCUACACCAGUGUCGCUCCAUAAUUCUCUGGUGAAAUCACAGAGGCAGUCCAAAUGUUUUGAGUCUGGGAAUUUCCAGUCUCCUGCAUCACAAAAUGUGCUUCGGUCAUUGGAUGUUCGAAAUAUAACUGAUUCUUCUUUCUCUAGGACUACUCGCUUUCGAGCUGUUAAAGUUGAUUCACCCGGGAAAAGAUCUGAUAUUAUUUCUAAAGUUGAGGCUCGGGAUAUUACAGAAAUGGCUAACAAGGCUUCCAAAGAGCCUGUUGGUUGUGUAAAUAAUAUAGGUUUUCUUGCUUCGCUGGCCCGGAGUGCAAGCAGAGAUAGCUUACAGAGCACACAUGGAGCAGGCAGGCUUCGGACCUCUGGAAUUGGGCUGUCUACAAGCCUCCAGCAUUUUCAGGAGGAAAAUCUUAGGAAAAAUUCUCCCCAGUUAGAACCUACAGAUUUUUUUCUAUCUGCCCGUGGUAUUGGAAUGAUUGGAAAUAACACAGCAGCAGGGAGAAGAGUAGGAGAAUGUACUCAUCACCUCCCACCUGUGAAAGCCCCUAUUCAAACAAAGAAGAAAGCAACAAAGCAUUGUUUCCUUUGUGGGAAGAAAACUGGACUGGCUACUAGCUACGAAUGCAGAUGUGGAAACAACUUCUGUGCAUCUCAUCGCUAUGCAGAAACUCACGGCUGCACCUAUGAUUACAAGAAUGCAGGGAGGAGAUACUUACAGGAGGCAAAUCCAGUGGUUAACGCACCCAAACUUCCAAAAAUCUAGCUCUUGCUCUGCACCUAGGAAUUGUAUUACAGUGACAGAAGAAAUAUUGUUCAGACUGCAUUAUUUUUGUUCGACUCCAAAAGAUUUGCCAAAUGACAAAAGCAUACAAUGCAUACUGUUGGAGAAAGAAUACUACUGUAUUUGACAUCUUUAUCCUUUGGUGAAUCAAAAGUUUUAAAAGUAGUUUUAAAAACUUUAUAAUGAUUUAGCUUUGUUAUUGCAUGUCUUGUGUUAACUAUUUUAUAUUUGAUAUUGCAAUUUAAUAGGCAAGUCUUCAAAAGAUGCACUUUAGGAAGUUAUCACUGACUAUGUAACCAGCUUCCACAUUGCACAGAAAUGUGCCGCCAUGCAAUGGCUCUACUCAAAUCCACCACUUUUUUGAGGGGUGUGGGGGGUGGGGAUUUGUUUUUUUUUUUUAAAUGUGUGAAAAUUUAUUGAGUUUACUAGCAAGUUCCUUUUUAUUUCAAGCUGCUUUUUAUAAAAAAGAACAUUUUGUUUCCCAGUGUGAUUUUAACACAUAUCUAUUUCUUCCAUAUUCAGAUUGGCAUUCAGAUGUAUAUCCAUUCUAUAAAACACAUCAUGUUAAUCAUACUAUAUAUUUCUUAAAAUACUAUUUUUUGAAUGGUAGUUUUACAAUAGAAGGGGUCUCAGUUGUUGCCAUUAAAUACGGAAUCCAACUUUUCACUUUUUGAAAAAUGGCUGCAUUUAAAACAAAAUCUCACAACUUGGUUUGUUUUUCUUAUGAGUUGAGUGCUAUUACCAGGAGAAAUUGAAAUAAAUAUUCAUUUUCAUUAUGAGUUUGAUUAUUUGAUUAUUUACAAUAAUUUUUCUUUUAUAAUUUUUAAAAAUUUUCUAAUUUAAACUCAAUUUAAUUAACAUAUACUAUAUUGUUAGUUUCAGAGGUAGAAUUUAGUGAUUCAUCAGGUGCAUAUAACACCUAGUGCUCAUCACAUCACGUGUCCUCCUUAAUGCCCAUCACCCAAUUACCCAUUCCCCCACCGACCUCCCCUCCAGCAACUCUCAGUUUGUUUCCUAUAGUUAAGCGUCUCUUAUGGUUUGCCUCCCUGUCUUUAUCUUAUUUUAUUUUUCCUUCCCUUCCCCUAUGUUCAUCUGUUUUGUUUCUUAAAUUCCACAAAUGAGUGAAAUCAUAUAUUUGUCUUUCUCUGACUUAUUUUGCUUGGGAUAAUACCCUCAACCAUUUCAUUAAAUAAAUCAGUAAUUUAUUCUACUUGGAAAAAAUGACUAUCUGUAUAAAGGUAUUCUUUUAGGGUAUAAGGGCCCUGUUCCUCAGAUAACCAAUAUAACCAAUAUAAGCUUUUGGGA